CUUGCUUUUGAAUCGGAAAAUGAUUAAAAAUGGACCUUGCCUAAAUCGAAAAUAUGUGCAACAGAUUGUUGACUUCAUUCGUGAGCGCAUUACCAUCCUCCCCACUGUGGGCAUAGUCUGUGGAAGUGGAUUUGGAAAAAUGGCCUCUAAGAUGAAGAACGCUCAGGUGCUGAAGUAUGAAGACAUUCCAAAUUUUCCCCGUUCCACUGUUGUGGGUCAUCCUGGUAAUCUGGUUUUUGGCGAAUUUGGCGGGAAAAUGGUGGUGGUGAUGCAGGGACGUUUUCACAUGUAUGAAGGUUACGAGCGUCAACACGUGAGUUCAACCUUCCAAAUUUACGUAUUUUACCAGAUCACGAUCCCGAUUCGGGUUAUGAAAUUGCUGGGAGUGGAAAUUCUUCUGUUGACAAAUGCUGCCGGUGGAUUGAAUCGCAGUUUAAAAGUUGGCGAUCUGGUUUGUAUCAAGGAUCAUAUAAGCUUUCCGGGUAUGAGCCUAAACAAUGUACUCGUAGGCCCAAACGACGAAGAUUUCGGCGAGAGAUUCAUUGCUAUAUCGGAUGCAUACGACUCAAAUUUACGUAGCAUUUUCAAAAAGGUUGUUGCAGAGAUGAACUUUUCGGAUGUUGUGAAGGAAGGUGUUUACGCUCAUGUUGGUGGUCCUACUUAUGAAAGUCCUGCAGAAUGUCGCAUGCUGCUCAUGAUCGGAGCUGACGUUGUCGGUAUGAGCACUGCACCCGAAGUGCUUGUGGCACGGCAUGCUGGAAUUCGAGUGUUUGCACUCUCCUUGGUAACCAACGUUAGUGUUCUGGAUGAAGAGUCCAAAGAA